UAUAUAUCCACACGACACGAUAAUAUCUGCAUACAUACAUAUAUAGGCACACACACACACACGUAUAUAUAUACCUAUAACCUAACCGCAACUUACACGCGCGACAUCACCAUCUUCUGUCAUAGGUACCUUGGCCCGCCUUGUUACCACGCCAUACCCCCCUAACCCUGCUUUCUCCCUCCACCCACCCCUACCCAAACAACCCGUCGAUUUCACCACCGCCGCAACUUCAAACAGCGCCUUGACACCUUUCGGCUCGCCAGGUUACAGGCCUCCCAUAAUCCUUGAUCGCUGUCGCAUGCCGCCAGGUAUUCCGACGUGCUCCUCAAAUACUCGUCGCCCCCAACCCGGAAAUCCCAUCUCUACUACACAUACACCUCAACUCGAAUCCCCCCUCGCGACGAUUUCCUUUACAGUGCAGAUCCGCAGCCAUCAGACGCUCAUUUGCCCCUACUCACCAACCAGCAUCCAUCGAGGCCGACCCAGUCCACCACCAUGAAGGUUCCUACCGCUUCCCUAUGCGCGCUCCUCUUCGGCGCCUGGGCCUUGGCUGCCCCGGCCGCGACCGCCGACGGGCUCCCGCACCCGGCCUCAUUGCCGGCGCCAGCCUCCCGGACCGGCCGAUUCCUCCUGUCCCUGCUCGGGCCGCCGCACGUGUCGGUCGAGAAGGCGGCCGCCAAGAUCCUCGUGACGAGCGACGGGCGGCGCGUGCGGCUGCCCGAGAACCUCGCGGGGGCGCGGGCCUGGGAGACGCCCAAUGUGCUGCGGUACCUGCUGUCGACCAUGGCGUGCCCCGGGGCGAUGCGGAAGAGCCUGUCGCCGUUCCCCGAGUCGAGCAUCCUGCGCGAGGAGACGGGCGCCGACGGCGACACCGAGCCCCAGGAGACCAUCGUCGAGCUUGAGACCCAAGCCGAACGCGAGUCCUGGACCUACGUUCCUUACUACGUCUCGCGGGACGACGUUCUGCGUUUCCGCCGCGUGCACCGCGCUGCCGACACUGUCAUGAUCGCCUUCCCCGUCGGCAUCGUAGCCACUAUCCUGUUAAGCAGCCUGUGGGCCGCAGUCCGACAAAGGCAUCGUCUCUCGAGUAGCUUAGCUAACGAGGAGGGCGAGGUCUGCCUCGGAGACGAGGAGAAGGCCCUCGACCCUACGUACCACUCCUACCUCGUAACGUGCUCGACGCCGCGGACCGAGCCCAGUCUUGGCAGGACGACGGACGAAAACAGCUGAAAAGAAAAACCCAUGACGACGUCGACAACGCGGAGAGACAGGGGGAGCGGAAUUGGGUUUAUGUUUUGUGUUUUUGUAGCGAUACCACUUGGGCGUCUUGGCGUUUUAGGGGCCUGGUCUAGCAUGCUCGAGCAGUACGG